CCACAGCUCAUUGAUCGCCGAAGCUUCGAGAGAAUAACAUUGAGGAAGUUAAUCCUUUUCGACCUGUUAUCAUCCGAAUAAUCUCCGCCAUUUUGAAAGAAAUUAUCAUAUAUAUCGGCGUACCUUCCAACCUUCUUCCGGGAAAAACGGAGAAAGACCAAGCCAAAGCAUCGACGAGUUCCUGAACCUUCCGCCAAGAGGCAAACCGGAGACAAAGAUCUGCAUAGGCCUACGAACACCCACCCUUCGUCCGCAGGAAUCCCUAGGCCUACAUAUACGCCUCAGUCCCCCGUGCCCUUCGCCAUGGCCUCCCUGCCCGUCGCCGCCGCCCGCGAGGCCGCCAUGUCCGAGGAGCUGGCCCGCUUCUGGUCGAGCGUGGGGCGGCGGUUCGAGAGCGAGCGCCCCAGCCCGCACAGCUUCCUGGGCCGCCCCGCCCGCGCCUCCACCUGGGAGGACCUCGUCGCGCCCCUCGCGCAGACCCUCCCCGAUGCCCCCCAGUACGCGAAGGAGGACGUGCCCAAGGAGGAGGACGAGGAGCAGGCCGCGGCGGUGGACGGGUUCCUGACGAAGGCGGCCCUGGAGAGUGACCUCGAUCUGCAGGAGGACGUGCUACAAGAUUGCGUAAGCAGGUCAGAUUCCCCGGCGGAUUGCGUGGUCGACGGCGCGCGGAUCGGAGACGUGCCCGCCAGCUACGUGGUCAGGGGUCUGCAGGGCCACGAGCUGCCGGUGGUGGGCACGUACGUGGACCCUAACGUCGUCACGGGCUUCUGCUACCAGGUCCGCCCGGUCGAUGCCAAGAAGGCGCUCUUCCAGGGACGCGCCCUUCGCCUGGUAUCCAUCGGCAUGGGCUAUGGAAAGCGCCUCACCUUCGCCAGCGACAAGCACAACACCAACGACAACUACUUCUGGUCCGACACGCACCCCGAGGGCUACGGCUUCGCCCUCCGCCUGGUGCAGGAGGGGGACAAGUUCACCCUCAGGGACGCCAACGGAUACUCCGUCGCCACGGCUGAGGUCAUCGGCCUGCUGGGCCCCCAGACCGAGGUGAGCCACCGAAUCCUGGAGAACGGCGGGAUCGAGAAGAGAGCUCAGGUGUCCAUCCUGUGCAACGUUUCCUACUUCGACGAGCCACACGCCGAGCUCAGGCCCGUGGCCAUCUCGGGCGUCGCGGUGUCCCUCAGGUGCCAAGGGCGCCAGGGCCGUGGCCUCCCUCAAGAAGAGUUACCCUUUCACUCACCUCGAAUCCGUCUGUUUCUCCCCGAAGUUACGGAAUGCAGCGUCGGCGGCGAGAGAGGCUACACGCUGGUGGCCGGCGUGGACUCCUCCUCCCGCGUCACGGUGCUCAGCGGGAACAAGAUCGGAGACGUGCCCACCAAGUACUACGUCACCGGCCUCCUUCCGCACGAGCAGCCCGUGGCAGGCACCUUCGUGGACCCGAGGAUCCUCACGGGCUUCAGUUACCGCGUGCGCCCGGCCGACGCCAAGAAGCACCUGUUCGGCGGCGCCGCCCUCGUCCUGCAGGCGAUCGGCAGGGGCUACGGCAAGAGGCUCACCUUCGCCAGCAGCAAUCUCAACAGCAACGAGAACUACUUCUGGAGCGACUCCCACCCCGAGGGCUACGGCUUCUCCAUCCAGGCCGUCGUGCCCGGCGACAGCUUCAGAAUCAUGAGUUCGGGCGAGGAGAUCGGGCGCGCGCAGGUGUUCCGCGCCGACCUGCCGCAGGUGGAGGAGAGCUCGACCGUCUCGAGCGCAGGCCACGUCACCAAGAAGGUCCGCGUCACCGUCACCUGCGACAUCACCUUCCACGGCGAGGACGACCGCACGCUCGCCGUCACAGGCACGGCCGUGGUGGUCCGGCGAGGCCGCGUGGCCCGAGUGCAGAGGCUGGAGGGCGUGGCCAUCGGCUCGCAGAUCAGCAUCCUCUUCAGCCGCGCCAGCGAGACGCUCACCUUCGUCCGGGACUGAUCCGCCUCCCGUGGGGAUUUCGCUUAAAAAAAUACUUAUAUUUUUUUUCCUUCUUUCCUUUCUUCUUUCUUCGUCGUGAUGCGAUGUUCGUUCGACUGUGAUUUAUCAUUCUCCAAGGAUCUGAUGGAUUCCUUUCUCCUCCCCGCAUGUCGACUGUUUGAUAUAUUCCAAAGGCUAUUUUGCUGGCGUUAAUUUAUUGUGUAUAUAUUCCUAUAUAUUUAGAGAAACAGAGAGAGGCGCUGUUAUGCUCAAAUGUUAUUCAGUGAGACGUUUAAAGAAAGGAUGACGUGUGAUGUAUUUGAAUGCUUGCAAAGAAUCCAGUAUGGGAUGUUUGUGCCGAAUGUUAGUGUUCAUAAAAUAUUUUCGGGAUGUUUGCAAUGUGCUGCUAUUCGUUGCAUACAUGUUAUUUUAUAAUAAAAAAGAGUCUAAAAGUAAUAAAGUUAUUUUAUGAGA